AUGGAGCACAUCAAAACUUACAACCUAACCGUCUUCCCAUCCCCCUCUGACCCCGAAAAUGGCGGAAACCCAACCACCAUCUUCCUAGCUGAUACACUCACCGCAUCAGAAAUGCAAUCCCUCGCUCCGAAACACAAGCAUGAAUGUGGCUUUAUUCUCCCCGCUCCAGAAAACGACGCAUCAUGCCACUACACAAUGCGCUACUGGGUCCCGAACCACGAGAUGAAGAUGUGCGGUCAUGCCAUCGUUGGCGCAGUCUGGGUGCUACGAAAUCUACAGCUCUUACCUGACGCGCCGAGUAUUCGGAUUUCUACAUUAUCAGGAGUAGUGGAGGUGCGCGUAGUACCCACUGGCAAUCCUGACUCAACCUCGGAGACUGCACCGUCCUCACAUUCUAUACUUGUCUCCCAGCCUACAGGUAUAGUCGAAGAUAUAGACCCAGAGCACAUCCUCGAGAUCCUGAACAGUCUCGAUCUCAAAGAAACGGACCUGGUCCCCGGACUAAAAGUACAGAAUGCUCGGACGGAGAGUCCAAUUGUUGUGAGGCAAGGAUGGUUGAUGGGGAAACCGUCGGAGAUUCGGGUUUGGUUUAGGCGGGAGUGCGGGGUGCUUGUGGGGUGUUGGAUUUCUGGGGAGGUUCGGUGGGUGAAAGAGUAA